GUACAACAGCAUUUCGCUUGGCGACGUCUGCUUGGCUCUAUCGCUUUUGUAUUUGCUUUGAAUUAUAAGCAGAUGGAAUUAUAUCAUGCUUUACCCAUAUUCGUAUUUAUAUUGGCAAGAUCUUCCAAGAGACCACUCUUGUCAAACAUUGUGGAAAGUUUUACAUCAAUUCUGAGAGUUGCUGCAGUUGUUGUGCUUUCGUUCAUAGUCUUAUGGUUCCCCUUUAUUGUCAACGGAACACAAAGUGUUCUGGCUGUUCUUAGCAGAAUUUUCCCGUUUUAUCGUGGAUUAUAUGAGGCGAGUUAUUGUACUUCAGUUUUUUCAAAUCUUGAUUAUCUCCUGCAUCUGUUAGUUCUCUUUCUUGUUCUCCCUUUAAAUCGUCAAACUUUUGUUUGCGGCAAAUACUAUUCUUAAAU